CCGCCGCCAGAGCAGCUGCCGCGCGAUGAAGCCGGGCCGGAGGAGCAGCGGGGCGCGCGGAGGCGGCGGCGGCGGCGGCAGGAGGCGCCCGGGACAGCCCGGCCAAGAGCGCCCCGCGGCGCAGUGAGCGGCCAGCCGAGAAAAUGGCUUUGAACACCCAGCGUGGAAACAUGAGCCCUUUUCGGAGACGGGCCAGCACCCCGCUUCCCACCCCCUACCAGCCUCGCCCAGGGAUGCUGAGUGUUCGCCCCAGCUGGACCGAGCCCUCGCACCCGCAGCUGGGACACUCUUCGUCCUGUGAGCCCAGAGGCCGCCUGCCCGAGCUGCGGGCCAGCUGGUCGUCUGAAUCCUCUGGCUCGGAGGACUCUUGGGAGUCUUUGUACCGCGUGGUGUUGCUGGGAGAUCCUGGUGUGGGGAAGACCAGUCUGGUGAAUCUCUUUGCUGGGGUUCAAGACAAAGACCUGCCAGAACAACAGAGAGAGGACACCUACGAGCGCACUUUGUCAGUGGAUGGCGAGGAGACCACGCUGAUGGUGAUCGACACCUGGGAGGCUGAGAAGCGGCUGCCCGAGGAAGACCACUGGUUCCACAAUUACUGCCUGCAGGUGGGCAAUGCUUACGUCAUCGUCUACUCCAUCACCGACCGGGGCAGCUUUGAGAGCGCGUCGGAGCUGCGGAUCCAGCUGCGUCGAACCCGGCAGGCAGAGAACAUCCCCAUCAUCUUGGUGGGCAACAAGACCGACCUGGUGCGCUGCCGAGAGGUUUCUGUGGAAGAGGGCCGGGCCUGUGCCGUGGUCUUUGACUGCAAGUUCAUCGAGACGUCCGCCGCUCUCCAGCACAACGUGGCGGAGCUCUUUGAGGGGGUGGUGCGGCAGAUCCGCCUGAGGCGAGACAGCAAGGAGGCCAACGCCCGCCGGAGGUCCCUGUACAGGCGCAAGGAGAGCCUGACCAAGAAGGUCCGCCGCUUCCUGGACCGGCUGGUGGCCCGCAACAACAAGAAGGUGGCCCUGAAGGUCCGCUCCAAGUCUUGCCACGACCUCUCUGUGCUCUGAACGCCCCUGCGGGGGCUGCUCCUCCCCUUGCUGCCGUUGUUCCCUCUCGUGCUCCCCAAGGGACCCUGCCUCGGUUUCCCUUCCCACGUGUCCCUCGGGGGUCUGCAAACGCCCUUCUUUGCUAGUGUCUCUUAGGCCAGGACCUUCCAGUCGCGAAAGCAGACCUGCCGGCAGCAAGAAGAGCAGCAGGCUUCUGGACCCAAGCAGGACGCCCCGGCCCUUCAGGGACACGCUCCUCCUGGACCCACAGGUCAGCUUGCCAGGGCCUGGCGGUGGAGGGCUCAUGUCUGGGUCCCGGGCUGGCCGGCCGCCAGAGAGGAGCCGUUCUGCUCGAUUAUUUUGGUCCCAAGGCAGGUGAGGUUGCCUGCUGGGCUCUGCAGGAUCCCCUGGGGUGUCCACAGGCCUGUGGCUGAUGCCAGGCUAGCAGUCCCUCUUGUACAGACGCCCUCAGUGGGCUAGCUGGGGGUCCGUCUUUCACUUGAAAAAGAAAUGGAAAAGGAGAAGAAAACCCUUCCGCUUAGAAGAUAGGGGAGCAUCGGUUACGCUUGACUUCUUCAGAUGGUGAUGGUCAGGAGGCGCAACCCAGCGCCGUUGGCGGAAAGUUUCGGGGAGCAAAUGAGGGUGUCUGGGUGCACGUAUGUGUGCAUGCAUUGGUCUGCACCCUCCGUCUUGGGUGAAUGCUGGUAGAGGGGCAGGGGUGCUGGGCAGUGUUCCCUCUAACAGGGAUUCCUAGGUCUUGUUGACUACAGCUCCCAGAAUCCCCAGCAGCAGUGGUUUUUGCUUGGGGAUUAUGGGAGUUGUAGUCAACAACAUCUGGGAAUCCCUCUUAGAGGGAACACUGGUGCUGGCGGGAGAGAAUGUGGCUUGUGCUCAGGGUGUGGCUCCUGGUAUAUAGUCCAGGCCUGGGGAGUCCUCCUGCUUCAUGCUGGCCCCUUGCGCUGAAGCAGGUGAGCUCCUAAGCGGCAGUAAAAUAAAUUUCCGGGGGGGUGGGGGGGUGGCAUCUCAGGGAGGAGCCCUAGCUCAGUGAUAAAGCCCCUGCUUUGCAUGUGGAUGGUCCCGGGUUCAAUUCCUGACAGCAUCUCCAGUUAAAAGCACCAGGUGGCUGCAGCUCUAGGAAAGACCCCUGCUGGAGGCUGCUGCCAGUCAGAGUGGAUCGGGUGAAUCGGUAAUCCGACUCAACAGCUUCAUGGGGACGGGAUCUGCAGGGGGGAGCAUUGGAUCUCUCUGGCAGGGCUUCUGCGCCUUGUCCGUUCCAGGAUAGGUGAAAUUUCCCCCCAGCAGCAGAGACGGGGGUGGAGGGGUGGGAAGUGGCUGGCAGAUGAGGAAAGGCAGAGAGAGAGGAGAGCUGCUAGCCGGGAGCUCCUGAGACUUGUGGGUGCAGCCUUGGGUGUGGGAGGGGGCUGUCCGCCUUGCUCUCUAGGGCCUUCUUUUUCUAGGCACCUGCUUGUUGUUGUAUAUCUGUAAAUAAAGCCAGUUUUAUGAAGACAGACA